UGAAUUUAAAAUAGCAAAGCCAAGAUGCCACCACCAGUAGGAGAAACUCAACCUCAAUAUCCACCUCCUGAUGGAGGAUGGGGCUGGGUUGUGGUUGGAGCAUCUUUUAUCUCCAUUGGAUUUUCAUAUGCAUUCCCCAAAGCAGUCACAGUAUUCUUCAAAGAAAUACAGGAAAUAUUCAACACUUCCUACAGUGAGAUAGCAUGGAUUUCAUCUAUCAUGCUGGCUGUAAUGUAUGCAGGAGGUCCUAUAAGUAGCAUUUUGGUGAAUAAAUAUGGCAGCCGUCCAGUGGUGAUAGUAGGAGGUUUAUUGUGCUGCUUGGGAAUGGUCUCAGCCUCUUUUAGUACCAGUGUUGUAGAGCUUUACCUCACUGUGGGAUUCAUUGGAGGUUUGGGUUUAGCCUUCAAUCUGCAACCAGCCUUAACGAUAAUUGGCAAAUACUUCUUGAAGAAACGACCCAUGGCAAAUGGAUUGGCCAUGGCCGGAAGUCCUGUUUUCUUAAGUACACUGGCUCCUUUCAAUCAGUUUCUUUUUAAUAGUUAUGGCUGGAAAGGAAGUUUCUUGAUUUUGGGAGGUAUAUUUUUGAAUGCCUGUGUAGCUGGGUCUCUCAUGCGACCUCUUGAACCCAAACAAACGAAAAGCACAUCUAAAAAUAAGAUUGGCAUAAGAAGGGAUUCAUCCAGUCUGAAGAGAAGCCAUAAGAAGAAAUCAACUUGGGAAACAAUUAAUAAGUUUUUGGAUUUCUCUCUUUUUAAACAUAGGGGCUUUCUUAUAUACCUAUCUGGAAAUGUUAUCAUGUUUCUAGGAUUUUUUGCCCCUAUUAUUUUCUUGGCUCCAUAUGCUAAGGACAAAGGAAUUGAUGAGUAUUCUGCAGCUUUUUUGCUGUCUGUUAUGGCUUUUGUUGACAUGUUUGCUAGACCGUCUGUAGGAUUAAUUGCAAACUCCAAGUUUAUUCGACCCCGAAUCCAGUACUUUUUCUGUUUUGCAAUCAUGUUCAAUGGAAUUUGUCAUCUCCUGUGCCCACUGGCAGAAGACUACACAAGCCUGGUGAUAUAUGCUAUAUUCUUUGGCUUGGGAUUUGGAAGUGUUAGUGCUGUCCUCUUUGAAACUCUCAUGGACCUUGUUGGUGCUCCAAGGUUUUCCAGUGCUGUAGGACUUGUCACAAUUGUGGAGUGUUGCCCAGUUCUCCUUGGCCCUCCUCUUGCUGGUAAAUUGGUGGAUGAUACUGGAGAAUACAAAUACAUGUAUAUCGCUUGCGGAGUGAUUGUGGUCUUCGCAAGUGUGUGGUUGCUCAUUGGCAAUGUUAUAAAUUAUAGAUUGCUCGACAAGGAAAAAAAGUUGAAGAAAUCAGUGAAGAAGAAGAAGAGUAAACUUCAGUCUACAGAAUCUGAACCCUUCAACAGAUCUACGCCUCAUGUUAGUGUCAAAAGUUCAAAAGCACCGCGUGCUAGCUCAGAAAGAGAAACCAAUAUUUAA